CGCCAAUCCAAGUAGACGGGUGGUUGUAUGCUAUCGUAUCAUAAAGAUAGAUGCAACAGAGCUCAGUUUUGCUGAAAGACAGUCAUUUUAGUGCUGUCGUUCACUAUGUCUUACUAUGGAAAUCGUCGUUAUGAACAAUAUGAUAACGCCGGGGUCAAUAGGCUCCCGUCUGGGCUAUUCUUCACGGUCGCUCGGGUUGAACACAUGGAACCGCCUGCGCCUGCAAAGAGAGCGCACGACGGUGUUAAACAGAAGAAAGUCAUUAACCACGAAAAAAUAAACUAUGACGACUUUGUGGUUCCCAAGUAUAACUCGAAGAAGAUAGGCAAGGAGAUAUAUCUGCCAAUGCUAGAGGUUUCCGUGGAGGUCGAAGUUGUAGCGACUAUUGCAUGGUCGAAGUUGACACAAACUUUCACAAACCGAUCAAAGCAACCUAUUAAGGAAGCGACAUACUGCAUGCCACUUUAUGACAGGUCUACCGUCACAUCGUUCGUCUGCACCAUUGGCUCCGAUAAAAUCCUUAAGGGAACCGUGAAGCCAAAGGAAGAGGCCAAGGCCGAGUUUAAGAAAGCUGUUGCAAAGCAACAGGUUGCGGCGCUGCUAGAAGAACAUACGGCUGAGGUGUUUGAGACAGCCGUGGGAAACAUCCCAGCUGAAACAACGGUCAAAGUUGAAAUCAGCUACAUAACGGAGCUAAAAGCUGAUCUCGGAGGAGAUGGCGUUUUGGUCACAAUUCCUACCUCAGUGGCGCCACGAUAUGGAGCAAUCCCCAGCUCAAUGAGAGAUGCUUUUGCAGAGUUGCUGGCAGUCCCUGAAGAUAAUGGGCUGCAGAUCAAAAUCCAAGUGUCAUCGCCCGUUGCAAUCACCAAGAUUGAGAGCCGGACACAUCCAGUCUCAAUAGAGAUGGGUUCUCAUGGCACUAGAGUGACCAAAGAUAUUAGAGAUUUCUCUAAAAAACAAGAGUCUCAGGGUUUCGAUCCCAAGAAGGCCGUAGCAACACUAUCCGAUAGAAACGCUUGCCUAGGGAAAGACUUUGUCCUCCUCAUCCAAGCAAAUGAUAGGCAAUUACUAGCCUCGCGCGCUAUCAGCGAGCCACACCCAACGAUUCCCGACCAUUCUGCGUUAAUGGUCUCUAUCAAUCUUCGAGAUUUAUAUACUCCUAAUGUCGUUUCUCCGAAAAUGGCCAGUGAGAUCAUCUUUGUGGCUGAUCGAUCCGGGUCGAUGAAGAAGAGCAUGGAAGCUUUGAAAACAGCGAUGAAAUUCUUCCUCAAAAGUCUUCCAAACAACUGCAUUUUCAACAUUUGUUCUUUUGGAACUACCCACAAACUUAUGUGGCCCAAGUCGCAACCUUACAACCAGGAAACUGUCGAUCAAGCCUUGACUUACGUUGCCAAUGACUUUGCAGCAAACAUGGGAGGGACUGAGAUACAGGGAGCGUUACGAUACGUUGUUGAUAACAGUGAAGUAUCUGUGGCCACUGAAAUCAUCACCCUGACUGAUGGAAGGGUUUGGGAUACCCCCUCCUUGUUUGACUUUAUCCAAAAGACAAGAUCCUCAGGGCUAAACCAAAACACCCGGUUCUUCUGUCUUGGUAUCGGAGACGCCGUCUCUCAUCAUCUCGUCGCGGGAAUCGGUCGAUACGGCGGCGGAUUGGCCGAAACUGUACUAACAGACUCAUCGGGCGACUGGAUGCAGAGGGUUAUUGGAAUGCUACGUGCAGCAUUAACGCCCUCGAGCUGGAAAGUCGAUGUUACAUUAGACGGUGUGUCUAUCUCUGGAAAGGAAAGUGAGAACAAGCGUUGUAUCCAGGCUCCACAUCAGAUCCCAGAUUUCCACGCCUUCGCAAGAUAUUCAGUCUAUUUUCUUCUCAAUCAAGAGUUCGAAGAAAAGGUCGUCAAGAUCAAGGCCACUUCCGUAUAUUCAGGAGAAACCUUCACUGCGGAAAUUCCAAUCGAUAAAUCAGAUAUAGGGAAAAAGUGGGUGCAUCAACUUGCCGCCAAAGCUGUCCUGGGCGACCUCGAAAGCGGGUCAAGCUGGAUCCAUGAUAAGAGCAAAAAUACCACUGAUGUGAAGACCAAGACAGAGGCUGAUGAGGAAGCUAAGAUCGAAGGCGAGAAAAUCGGGAUAGAAUGGAACAUAUCGAGUAAAUGGACAAGUUUCAUUGUUGUCGAUGAGAAAAGCUCGCUAGAAAAGCAGUCUCGCUGGUAUCAAACCGGCCACUCUGAUCUCGCUGAGUUGACACGGCCUAGAUUCGAACCAAAAUACGAUAGUCAUACUCUAGCAAGUGACGCCCAGCUAGGACUAUCAGGCAAAACCGUGGAGGGCCAGGGAUCUUCUCAGCCACAUGACUUUUUGUCGUAUAGAGCUCCACAGAGUUAUCGGGAUGCUCCCCCCCCCGAGGAUUAUUCGAUGUUCCCUCAGAGAUCUAGGGAUGCUACUCCCCCCGAAGAUUAUUGGACGCCCCCCAAGACAAAUGGGAGAGGGCAUGCAUGCUACGCCCCCCACCAGAUUCGUCACCACAGAGCCCCUGAAAACCGCGAUUCGCAGGAACAACAGAGGGAGAAGCAGCAUCCAGACCCAAUGUACAAUUUCAAGCCGAUGAAAGACGACUCGUUUUUACCCGGCGCCACGUACUCGUCGCAGGCACCCAGUAUGGGACGCACCAUUAAGCCCGCCAGAAGCUUUUCAAGAUCAGGCACAAGCCGGUUUCCCAUACCCCCGGACGAGGAGCCAGGAAGCCCACGCCCCCCGCAGCAGCCGGCGAGCAAUACGAAUGACCCGCCAGUUGUGAUAAACCAAUACCAAUUUGAAAACAGCGACGGGAGCGACGCUGAAGCUAUGGCUGGGGUUACGGCCAUGAGGCUGGGCGAUGAAUCUUUCGAUUUUGCGUACGACGAUGCGCCGUACCAAUCCCAAGCUUCCAUGCAAAUUGCCACACAAGUUCAUUUGUUCAGCGACGAUUCUUUCCAGACGCUCCUAGAACCCAGCCGAGCUGCCCCACAAGAUACAUUUUACAGCGACAAUUCGACGCAAGAGCCCACUUCCAUGGAAAAGGGGUCUGAAAGGCACUCUCACGAUCCUUACUUUGUUCCUUCUAAUCCUUUUACCCCUCUUGGUUCCAGUGCUGCUACUUUUCCUGAUUAUCCUAUACAACCCAGUGAUUUUUUCAAUCCCCAUCCUCCGUCUUCAGGUCCCAGCAGCUGGAAUCCAAACCCUAGCUAUGUCAGUCCUCAAGAAGAGCGUUGUUUGUUCGCUCCUCCACCAGCACAGGGCCAUACCGCCCAAAGUUCACACUCCAGCGACCGUCCCCGGUCUUCUACUAUCUCUCGUCCCAACUACUCCGGGAUAUUCUCACUCUACCCCGAUCCACACAUCUCACCCCUCACCGUCCCCAACCUACUCACCACCCAACACUUCCUCGGCUACUUCAGCCUCACCGAGCAGCUCUGGACCCAGCUCAACAAGGAAUACAAUCACCUCGCCUGGACAACCGCCAACUCCCUACUGCCCCGCCGCGGGGCCAACGACAGCGAAUGGCUAGAAACGCGAGAGAAGGUCGUCGGUACCGCUAUGGUAGUCGUGUACAUUGAGGUGGUCCAUGCAGCCGACAAGAAUCUGUGGGAUCUGGUGGUGCAGAAGGCGCGGGCGUGGCUGGAGAGGGAGAUUCCGCAUCAGAGGAUCCGGGAGAAGGUAUUAAGCAAGUUGAGGGGGUUGCUCAUUACCCCCUAUGACGAAGGGGUUGGUAGAAUCAUUGAUGAGGUGACCAGUAUCUCUGCAGUUGAAGCUCAGCCCAAGGAUGAUCUUGCGACCCCUGGCGACGAGGGGCCCGAUGCGGGGGUUGGUGAGGUGGAGGGUAUUUCUCUUCUAUCAGCGGGAUCCGGGGACAGUGCAGGGAUGCCGCAAGAGGGGCGAGGUAAGGGUGCUGAGGCGGGAGCGGGGACUGGUGCUGCGGUGAAGUACGUGGGAGAGGCGAAGGGGGAGAAAAAAAGACGCCGAGAUUGAAGCGGGUGGGAUGGGCGUUGAAGCGGUCUUGGGUGUUUCUCCUCCAUCAGCGAGAUCAGGUGGGGGUAAUAGCGGUGCGGCAAGAGGAAUAUAAUAAGAAGAAGAAGGAGACUGUGAUUAAAAUGGAAAAAGGGCGUAGAAGCCGUUUCUCAUGGUCUGUACGGCGGUAAUGACGGAGUUUUGUGUAGUGGUUGAUAUACUCGGCGAUGGAGUUGGGGGGGGGGACCAACGAAUAUAUUGUUGUGUUAUAUGCGUUGUAGCUAGUUUAUCUACCUCUGAUAUAGUUUUAUACCGAAAUCAUUAACAUACCUACAGUCGAGUGACUAGAAGAAAGCGGAGAUAAUCUUCCUGACAAAGUCGGCCUAACCAAUAUAUUUCAAGAGCCAGGGGAAGAAAAACCAGG